AUGACAGGUGUGGCAACUACGGGUCCACAUGCAUAUAUAGACAGCGAUGACAGGUGUGGCAACUACGGGUCCACAUAUAUAGACAGCGAUGACAGGAGUGGCAACUACGGGUCCACAUAUAUAGAGAGCGAUGACAGGAGUGGCAACUACGGGUACACAUAUAUAGACAGCGAUGACAGGAGCGGCAACUACGGGUCCACAUAUAUAGAGAGCGAUGACAGGUGUGGCAACUACGGGUCCACUUAUAUAGACAGCGAUGACAGGUGUGGCAACUACGGGUCCACAUAUAUAGACAGCGAUGACAGGAGUGGCAACUACGGGUCCACAUAUAUAGACAGCGAUGACAGGAGCGGCAACUACGGGUCCACAUACAUAGACAGCGAUGACAGGUGUGGCAACUACGGGUCCACAUAUAUAGACAGCCAUGACAGCGAGGACAGGAACGGCAACCACGGGUACACAUAUAUAGACAACGAUGACGGGAGCGGCAACUACGAGUCCGUAUAUAUAGACAACGAUGACAGGAACGGAAACUACGGGUCCACAUAUAUAGACAACGAUUACGGGAGCGGCAAGUACGGGUACACAUAUAUAGACAGCGAUGACAGGAAUGGCAACUACGGGUACACAUAUAUAGACAGCGAUGACAGGAAUGGCAACUACGGGUACACAUAUAUAGACAGCGAUGACAGGAAUGGCAACCACGGGUACACAUAUAUAGACAGCGAUGACAGGAAUGACAGCGAUGACGGCAGCGGCAACCACGGGUACACAUAUAUAGACAGCGAUGACAGGAAUGGCAACUACGGGAACGGCUAUAUAGACAGCGAUGACAGGUGUGACAACUAUGGGUCCACAUAUAUAGACAGCGAUGACAGGAAAGGCAACUACGGGUCCACAUAUAUAGACAGCGAUGACAGGAGCGGCAACUACUGGUCCACAUAUAUAGACAGGGAUGACCGGAAAGGCAACUACGGGUCCACAUAUAUAGACAGCGAUGACAGGAAAGGCAACUACGGGCACACAUAUAUUAACAGCGAUGACAGGAACGGCAACUACGGGUCCACUUAUAUAGCCAGCAAUGACAGGAGUGGCAACUACGGAUACACAUAUAUAGACAGCGAUGACAGGAGUGGCAACUACGGACCAACAUAUAAAGCCAGCAAUGACAUGAGUGGCAACUACGGGUCCACAUAUAUAGACAGCAAUGACAGGAGUGGCAACUACGGGUCCACAUAUAUAGACAGCGAUUACAGGAGUGGCAACUACGGACCAACAUAUAAAGCCAGCAAUGACAUGAGUGGCAACUACGGGUCCACAUAUAUAGACAGCGAUGACGGGAAAGGCAACUACGGGUCCACAUAUAUAGACAGCGAUGACAGGUGUGGCAACUAUGGGUCCACAUAUAUUAACAGCGAUGACAGGUGUGGCAACUACGGGUCCACAUAUAUAGACAGCGAUAACAGGUGUGGCAACUACGGGUCCACAUAUAUAGACAUCGAUGACAGGUGUGGCAACUAUGGGUCCACAUAUAUAGACAGCGAUAACAGUAACGGCAACCACGGGUACACAUAUAUAGACAACGAUGACAGGUGUGGCAACUAUGGGUCCACAUAUAUAGACAGCGAUAACAGUAACGGCAACCACGGGUACACAUAUAUAGACAACGAUGACGGGAGCGGCAACUACGAGUCCGUAUAUAUAGACAACGAUGACAGGAACGGAAACUACGGGUCCACAUAUAUAGACAACGACGACGGGAGCGGCAAGUACGGGUACACAUAUAUAGACAGCGACGACAGGAAUGGCAACUACGGGUCCAUAUAUAUAGACAGCGAUGACAGGUGUGGCAACAACGGGUCCACAUAUAUAGACAGCGAUGACUCAAAAGGCAAGUACGGGUCCACUUAUAUAGACAACGAUGACAGUAGCAGCAACUACGGGUUCACAUAUAUUAACAGCGAUGACAGGAACGGCAACUACGGGUCCACAUAUAUAGACAACGACGACGGGAGUGGCAACUACGGAUACACAUAUAUAGACAGCGAUGACGGGAAAGACAGCGCUGACGGGAGAGACAAGGAAGGAUCCAAAAAGACUGCGAUGACGGGACUGGCCGGAAGACUGGUCCAUAUGCACAGAAAUGCCGGGAGUGAAAACAUCAUGUUCAUUGGUGGCGACAACGGGAGCGCAGAUACUACGGGUUCCUACGGACAUCACGGGAACGGUUACGACCAGGCCAUGAACAGCGAUGGCAUAGCGGCAACGACCGGGCCAUGGACAGCGAUGAAGGGAGCCGUACCGAUCGGUAGAUAG